AUGGCACUGUCAGAAUCAGGAAGCUUCGAGGCUCAGAUCCACCAGCGAUUCGACGAAUUCGAGCGGGUUACCCUAUCCCAAAUGGAGGACCCCUUUGGAUAUUUGGAUCGUCUCAACGACCUCUUCACCAAGUGCCACAGCACCUCCGCACCCGAAGACCGUAAAUUACCCAUUAUGAGGCUCCUCCUUCAACGUUACAAUGAGUUCGGAAGCAAGAUUCGAAUCCCAGAACAUGGCGAGACUAGCCCCACUGUCCCAACUGAAGGGCGAGAAGACGAAAGGUUCGACGUUCCAGUAUUCACCUCGAAGGCGAGACAGGACCAAGCCAUCUUGAGGGGCUUCGUCGGGGAUAGUGACGUUGUGUCCAGACAGGCAAUUAUGGACGAAUCUUUCAUACUGAAACGUCGCCACGAAAAAUUCCUUCUUUGGGCACCGGGCCGAUUCAGUGACAUGAAUCCUCCUCUCUUGGUGCUGGGACGUCUGUCUCCGGGGGAUGAGCCCUCAUUCGACCGGAUAUUCAGAGGCGAGCUUAAAAGGGCCGACGAGAAGGAUAUAUGGGAGCUCGGCUGCAACGAUCUCCGUCCAUUCUUGGAGAAUGAUUGCGUCUACCAUUAUUGGUUCGAAAUUGUUGACACAUCCCCGGACGAACAUGGCACAAUGUUGGUUACGGAUCCUCUGGCCUACAACGUCGAUUAUAGGCUCAAAGGGGAGAUAGGAAACCAGCCGGCCGCAGUAAUUAAGUUUCGGCACGGGAAGCUGUAUCCUUGCGAUGCUAACGGCGUGGAAGAACCCGUAGAUGGCAAUAAGGUUCCGGUACCAGAUCUGAGUCGGCUCCCUAACAACAACCAGCUGGUGAUCUAUGAGUUGCCAGCGUCGUGGGCUCGUGGAAGUGGAGAAGGUAUUGAGCGCGAUAUAGGGACAUUCAUGGAUAUCGUAGGCCUCCUUGAGGAGGUCGACGAUGGUUCCACGGGCAACCACCGAAACUCCAAAGGGACAAUCAUUGCAGACCUCGGAAUCAAUGCUAUAGAGCUGCUACCCGCAGCAGACGCAAAACCUAUAGGAGCCUGGGGCUACGCCACCGCCCACUACUUUGCUACUGACAACGACCUUGGUACGCCGAAAGAAUUGACCGGAUUAGUUAGAUCCUGCCACAAAAAGAACAUUCGGCUGUUCAUGGACACCGUCAUGGGGUUUGGGCACGACCCUUACAUCCAUAUUGCAUAUUAUCAGUUCCAUCUGCGGCCGCAGCGUGAGCAGGAUAAUGCAGACGCCUGGCAAUCCAGUCGAGAUGGAGAGCUCCGGGAUAGGUUUGGAGGCGAAAGCUGGCGCUACGUUAGGGCCACAAACACGACCAAUCCAAUUACCGGCAUCUCGCCUGCUGCAAACGAGCGUCGAUUUCAGUAUAUUUGUCCUGCUUCGGCCUUCCAUCUUUUACAUCUUGAACGAUGGAUGUCAGACUUCGGCAUAGGUGGGCUCAGACUCGACAGUGCUAACAACAUUGGCAACUGGAACUUUAUUCGGCGAUACAAGGAUGAAGCUUGGAAGCGCUUUGCUUCAAGGUACAAGGCACCGCGGUCUCAUCCGCAGUAUCAACCUGAGGAAGAUCCAGAUCUGCGAAAUAAGUUUCUCGUCAUCGCCGAGGAACUGGCGGUUCCGAUUGAUAUGAUCAGAAGCCGUUGCGUGAAUGCUCUGUGGAAUGAGCACUUUCAGCGUCUGAUUCGGGCGGUAAUUGUCGGAGAGUCGUACGGAGGCGACAACUUCGAAUGGACAGUUCGCAAGAUGAUCGACUGCCGGCAGAUAAGCUUCCGGAAUGGAAUAGAGGACCGUCGGUUCACAAGUGCAACGGAGGCCGUCAACUAUAUAACCUCGCAUGAUGUCCAAGGUUGGCGUAAGGAGCGUCUGUACAACUUCCUUCACAAUAUCGGCAUCCAUGACAACAAAGGGAAGGAACUGCGUACAAAGCUCGCUUUCGUGUGUUUACUGACGGCUGUCGGUAUACCUAUGAUCUUCGCCGGCGAAGAAUUCUGCGAUCAACACGACAAGCUUAUAGAGCACCCUUCGAAGCAGACCGAUCCCGUAAACUACGAUCGAAAGACUGAAGAGUGGCGCUCGAGAGUAUUCGAUUAUGUCAAGAAGUUAGUGAAGCUGAGAACGAAGUGUCCAGCCCUCGGCGACGAGGAGACUGAUUUCUUUUACUGGGACUUCAGCAACAACCGAAGGGUAGUGGCUUGGAAACGCGGUGGAAGGAACGAUGAUCCCGUCGUGGUGGUCGCCAACUUCUCGGACCAACAUGUACCGACACGGGCAGAAGCCAUGCCAAAUUGGCCUUCGACACCAAAUCAGAAGCGAUGGAGUGAAAUCACCCAAGGGGGUGAGAUUCGUCAAGAGUCGAUCGGUCGGGAAGAGUUGUCUCCUUGGGAAGCCAAAGUGUAUACGUGUUGGACAGAAGGAGGAGAAUAG